UUUUUUUAAAUUCAUAUCAAACAACUUUUUUAUGUGGAUUUAAAAUCGCUUAUGCCUAAAAUUCGAAAAUUAAAACAAGAUCCUCCAGAAGGUUGGGAAUUAAUUGAACCAACAUUGGAUGAACUGGAAAGAAAAAUGAGAGAAGCUGAAACAGAUUCUCAUGAGGGCAAAAGAAGAGUUGAAGCUUUAUGGCCAAUUUUUAAAAUUCAUCACCAAAAAUCUAGAUAUAUAUUUGAUUUAUAUCAUAAACGGAAAGCCAUUUCUAAAAAUUUAUAUGAUUUUUGUAUUGCGGAAGGUUUGGCAGAUAAAAAUAUUAUAGCCAAAUGGAAAAAGCAAGGUUAUGAAAACUUAUGUUGCCUUAGGUGCAUUCAAACAAGGGAUACAAAUUAUGGAACAAAUUGUAUAUGUCGAGUUCCUAAAAAUAAACUUGAAGCGGGGAAAAUUGUUGAAUGUAUUCAUUGUGGAUGCAGAGGGUGUUCUGGCUAAAUAAUGAUAUUAUUAAUAUAUUUAUAGUAUUUAAUCGAUUCUAAAAUGCCAUUCAUAUGUAAAUUAUAAUUUUUUUAAUAUAAAUAAACCAAUCAAAAUAUGUA